AUAGAAUUGGGUUGGUUACAUGAAUAUGGUGCAAAUGGAUUGAAACAAGUUAGAUCUCCAAAUGGUGGUGGAACCAGAACAUUUGAUAUGCACCACAACUACCAACUUCAACAGGCAGGUUUAGCAGAUGCAAACUGUAUGAACAUAACUUUGCAUCGAACAAUAUUGCAAAAUGAAUUGAUCGGAAUUUUUAAAAAUCAAGAUAUUCUACAUUUAAUUUUAAAUAUUUCUUUUGUCAAUGAGUUAGGGCAAGACUCAGAUGGGGUGUCUAGAGAUGCUUAUGCCGGGUUCUGGGAUUCUUUCUAUCAAAAGAAUACCGACGGAGAGACUUACCGGGUCCCCAUUUUAGUCAAUGAAUAUUCCCAAGAGGAAUGGGGUGCCAUUGGCAGGAUAUUACUCAAGGGUUUUAUAGACCAUAAGUAUUUUCCAAUUAAUUUGGCUCCAGCAUUUUCCAUAGCUUUAAUACUCGGAGAGGAACAUUUAACACCUUCAAUUGACUCGAUUUUAAACAUUUAUGAUAGCUUGAAGACAACUGUUCAAAAGGUCAUCAAACUCUUCAACGCUACCCCUUUGUGUAAAGAAGAAAGUACAUCUUUUGAGUUUCUUAAAAGGUUUACUAGAGGAAGAGAUUCGAGGCAACUAAAGAGACUAUUAAGGUUGUUAACUGGGUCCGAUGUUAUUUGCGUAGAUCAAAUACUAGUGAGCUUUGUCGUUCGGCAUGGCUGUCAACGUAUACCAACUAUCCAUACAUGUGGACCUUCACUCGAGCUCCCGUCAACAUAUUUAAGUUUCCCCGAUUUUCGAAGCGAAUGGGAGAACAUUUUAGAAAACAAAGAGAGCAUUAAAAUGACAAUUGCUUAA